UCCGUCCUUAUUUUACAAUAACCCGAAGCGAACCAUAUUUUUUUCUUGUGGUUUAAAUUCGGUUCCUCUAUUUCUCGAACUACCCUAAAAACUGAACUCAGUACAUGCGUUAUCCCGAAUGGCAUCACUUAACGCUACUGUGAGCCUCACACUUUCGAACCACCGCUUAAAGCUAACGUCCGCAGCACUGUCACCUCCGGUAUGGAAGCAGAGCCGGCGAGUAAUCUCCGUCUCCUUCUUCCUCUCCCGCUUCGUCCUCCUCCCUAACGAUGCCAUAGCUGGUAGCUUAAUUGAUAAGUACGUCAAGAGGAAAAAACUUGAUCCACUUGAAGCAUAUGUACCACCAGUUAUUCUAGCUCAGCUACAAAUCCAGGAUCUUGAGCAAAUUUUAAAUGUGGAGAAACCUGAAUUCGAGGCUUGCAGAUCGCUACUUCGAUCUGGUCCUGCUAGCUCCUUGCGUGUAAACAUUCGAGCUGUUGCUCAGUACGCUUCAGAUGCUGGUUACUCCCAAACCGCGUCUAACGACGUUGAUCGAUGUCUAAGAGCAUUGGAAGAAAUGGAUUCGCUGUUUCUACGUGCUUCGAGGAAAGAUCCGAAUGCAACUGUUGAGUUGAUGAAGUCACAGCUUGGAACAGCGUUAACAGCACUGGACAGCAUUCUACAAACAGUUCCUUCUCAAGUGCUUGAUAAAGGCAAAGCUAUGGCGGAAGUCUACAGAUCACCAUCUGAAGAAGACGAUGUUUCAGACUCCUCCGAGUUACAGUAGCUCCAGUCUAUACUGUGAGUGAUGCCUCAACAUUGGUAUCAAAAUCCUCUGAUUCCGUGUACGAUCAUGCAUUGUUAACCUCCAUUCGUGAAGGAGAUGUAACAUUUGCGUAUAUUAAAAAACCUGAACAGGGUGCUGUUUUAGUAAUUGUCUCAUAUACAAUCAGAUGACAUGACUUGUUUAAAUGUAUUAUUGAAACCAAUGACUGCAUGAACAGGGUCCUGCUAUUAUAAUUGUCUCCAAUCUGUAGAAAAAUUGGCGCUAAGAAGUAACAAUAUAAAGUUUGUAGCAUGU